AUGGAGCCCCCCAGCUGCAUUCAGGACGAGCCGUUCCCGCACCCCUUGGAGCCCGAGCCGAGCGCCCCGGCGCCGCCGGGCCCUGGGAAGCCGGGCGACAAGCUGUUCCGGCUGUGGUACGUGGGGGGGUCGUGCCUGGACCGCAGGACCACGCUGCCCAUGCUGCCCUGGCUCAUGGCCGAGAUCCGUCGGCGCAGCCAGAAGCCCGAGGCGGGCGGCUGCGGGGCGCCCGCACCCCGCGAGGUGCUCCUGGUGCUCAGCGCGCCCUUCCUCCGCUGCGUCCCCGCGCCCGGAGCCGGGGCGGAAGGCGGCCCGGGCCCCGCGGCCCCGCAGCCCAGCUCGGCGGUGUUCAUCUUCGAGCACAAGGCGCAGCACAUCUCGCGCUUCAUCCACAACAGCCACGACCUCACCUACUUUGCCUACCUGAUCAAGGCGCAGCCCGAGGACCCCGAGUCGCAGAUGGCCUGCCACGUCUUCCGCGCCACGGACCCCAACCAGGUCCCGGAUGUCAUCAGCAGCAUCAGGCAGUUGUCCAAAGCGGCCAUGAAGGAGGAUGCCAGGCCCAGCAAAGACAGCGAGGACGCCUUCUACAACUCGCAGAAGUUCGAGGUGCUGUACUGCGGGAAGGUGACCGUGACCCACAAGAAGGCGCCGUCCAGCCUCAUCGACGACUGCAUCGAGAAGUUCAGCCUGCACGAGCAGCAGCGCCUGCGGGGCCAGGGCGAGCCCCGCGCCGUGUUCGACGUGGAGGGACCCGGCGCUCCCGCAGACAUCCUGCUGGAGGAGGGCGACGGCGUCCCCGACGACACCCCCGACGGCACCCCCGCUGCCUUCCCAGCCGCGGCCCCCCAGCCCGCGCCGGCCGCCGGCUCCCGCGUGUGCUUCCCCGAGCGGAUCUUGGAGGACUCCGUCUUCGAUGACCCGCAGGAGUUCCGCUCCCGGUGCAGCAGCGUCACGGGCGUCCUGCCCAGGAAGGUCCCCGAGAACAGCCACAAGCCGCAGCCCCGGAGGCGGCACGCCAGCGCGCCCAGCCACGUGCAGCCCUCGGACUCCGAGAAGAACCGGACCAUGCUGUUCCAGGUUGGGCGGUUUGAGAUUAACCUGAUCAGUCCAGACACUAAAUCAGUUGUGCUUGAAAAGAAUUUUAAAGAUAUCUCUUCUUGUUCUCAGGGCAUAAAGCAUGUGGACCAUUUUGGCUUCAUCUGUCGGGAAUCCCCAGAGCCUGGGCUGAGCCAGUACAUCUGUUACGUGUUCCAGUGUGCCAAUGCAUCUCUGGUGGAUGAGGUAAUGCUGACUCUGAAACAGGCUUUCAGCACAGCAGCCGCCCUCCAGAGUGCCAAGACCCAGAUCAAGCUGUGUGAGGCCUGCCCCAUGCACUCUUUGCAUAAGCUCUGUGAAAGGAUUGAAGGUCUCUACCCGCCAAGAGCCAAACUGGUCAUUCAGAGGCAUCUCUCAUCCCUGACAGAUAAUGAGCAAGCUGACAUCUUUGAACGAGUCCAGAAAAUGAAGCCAGUCAGUGACCAGGAGGAAAAUGAACUUGUGAUUUUGCACCUGAGGCAGCUGUGUGAAGCCAAGCAGAAGACACACAUUCACAUCGGAGAAGGCCCAUCGACUUUUUCAAAUAGUACAAUCCCGGAAAAUGCAACAAGCAGUGGAAGGUUCAAACUUGACAUUUUGAAAAAUAAAGCUAAGAGGUCUUUAACUAGCUCCCUGGAGAAUAUCUUUUCAAGGGGAGCUAACAGGAUGAGAGGGCGGCUUGGAAGUAUGGACAGCUUUGAACGGGCAAACAGUCUUGCUUCAGAGAAGGACUACUCACCGGGAGACUCUCCUCCAGGGACCCCUCCAGCCUCCCCGCAGUUCCCUGAAGAGGAUUCUGACUCCCCACAGUUUCGAAGACGGGCACACACCUUCAGCCACCCGCCUUCCAUUACAAAGAGGAAGCUGAAUUUGCAGGAUGGGAGGGCUCACGGGGUGCGCUCCCCUCUCCUGAGGCAGAGCUCCAGCGAGCAGUGCAGCGAUGGAGAGGGGAGAAGAAGGACCUCGUCCACUUGCAGCAAUGAUUCUCUGAAUGUUGGAGGAACCCCUGUCACUCCUCGCCGGAUCUCCUGGCGGCAGCGCAUCUUCCUCAGGGUUGCUUCUCCCAUGAACAAGUCUGCCUCGGCAAUGCAGCAGCAGGAUGGGCUGGACAGGAAUGAGCUGCUGCCACUGUCCCCUCUUGCUCCAACCAUGGAGGAGGAACCGGUGGUUAUAUUCAUGUCUGGGGCUGAUGACCCAGAAAAUGCUGAAGAAAGAAAAAAAUCAGAAGAAUUGAGGAGUUUGUGGAGAAAAGCCAUACACCAACAGAUUUUGUUGCUUCGAAUGGAAAAAGAAAACCAGAAACUUGAAGCAAGCAGAGAUGAACUCCAUUCCAGAAAAAUUAAACUGGAUUAUGAAGAAAUUGGUGUAUGUCAGAAGGAGAUCUUAAUUACCUGGGAUAAGAAGUUAUUGAACUGCAGAGGAAAAACAAAAUGUGAUAUGGAAGACAUUCAUAUUUCUCUUAAAGAAGGUGUUCCCAAAAGCCGACGAGGAGAAAUCUGGCAGUUCUUGGCUAUCCAAUAUCGUCUAAGGCACCGAUUGCCCAAUAAGCAGCAACCUCCAGACACGUCCUACAAGGAACUUCUGAAGCAGCUCACAACCCAGCAGCAUGCUAUUCUCGUGGACUUAGGAAGGACAUUUCCUACUCAUCCUUACUUUUCAGCACAGCUUGGGGCAGGGCAACUGUCACUCUUCAAUCUCUUGAAAGCCUACUCCUUGCUGGACAAAGAAGUGGGUUACUGUCAGGGGAUCAGCUUUGUGGCUGGAGUCCUGCUUUUGCACAUGAGUGAAGAGCAAGCCUUUGAAAUGCUGAAGUUCCUCAUGUAUGACCUAGGAUUCCGCAAACAGUACAGACCUGACAUGAUGUCGCUGCAGAUUCAAAUGUAUCAGCUGUCCAGACUUCUUCAUGACUAUCACAGAGAGCUCUACAAUCACCUGGAAGAAAAUGAAAUCAGCCCCAGUCUUUAUGCUGCCCCCUGGUUCCUCACAUUGUUUGCCUCUCAAUUUCCAUUAGGAUUUGUAGCCAGAGUUUUUGAUAUUAUUUUUCUUCAGGGAACUGAAGUCAUAUUUAAGGUUGCACUUAGCCUGCUGAGCAGUCAAGAAACACUUAUAAUGGAAUGUGAAAGCUUCGAAAAUAUUGUUGAAUUUCUUAAAAGCACGCUACCUGAUAUGAAUACAUCUGAAAUGGAAAAAAUUAUCACCCAGGUUUUUGAGAUGGACAUUUCCAAACAGUUGCAUGCCUAUGAGGUGGAGUAUCACGUGCUGCAGGAUGAGUUGCAGGAAUCGUCCUAUGCAUGUGAGGACAGUGAGCCUGUGGAGAAGCUGGAGAGGGCCAACAACCAACUGAAAAGGCAAAACAUGGACCUCCUAGAAAAAUUGCAGAUAGCUCAUGCUAAAAUCCAGACCUUGGAAUCUAACCUGGAAAGUCUUUUGACCAGAGAGACCAAAAUGAAGUCUUUAGUCCGGACACUGGAGCAGGAGAAGAUGGCUUAUCAGAAGACAGUGGAGCAGAUCCGGAAGCUGCUGCCGGCCGAUGCCCUAGCCGACUGUGAGGCGCUGCUCAGAGACCUGACCUGCAACCCCAACCACAAGGCCAAGGCCGGGGGCAAGGCCUAG